UCCAAAAAUCAUUAUUUGAUCUUUACUCCAGAAUUGUACUGGUCUCGUUUUCCGAUUAAAUCCUCGGCCGGAACUUUGAUUGGCCGAGGGAGGUGUCAAUCUGCUGGUGGGCGGAGCCUCUGAGCUCCAAAAGACUCGUUUAUGAGUGUCGGCGUGUUUUUCAGCGGAGAAACUGAAGAGACGUAGAAGAGGAAGAAAAAGUCCAGUUCUCCAGUUGUUUCUUCUGGAAGAGAGGACGAAGAAGAAGAAAGAGAAAGAGAAAAAGAAAAUAAACUUUUUCAUUUUUAGUCUACUAAUAUUUAAACUUCUGUGCCGGAGAUUCGAACCUUCAGCCUGCGGACAGACAGGCAGAGAGACAGCUGGACAAAGAGAGACAGCAGUCCCUCUGUGAGCUAAUUGAUCCUGGACAGAAAGUGAGACAGCCAGCAUCUGUCUAUCUUCUUGUCUUUGACCUGUCUGUCUCUCAGCCUGUCUGUGGUUCCCGGAGGAUGGCACCGGGGCGUGUCGCCGCCGUCCGCCGGCCCCGAGGCCCCUUCGGCGGCCACAAGAAGCUCUGACAUCCCGUUGAGCCAGUACCGGACCCGGAUCAACUGCCCCGUACUACUACUACUGCGGGUUGAGGAGACCACAUGGGCUCAGGAUGCCCUCAGAGGUGACUGUCGGGCUGGUCCUCAGGGUGUUGCUGCCCCUCAGCUUGACUGCAGCUUGUGCGUUGAGGUUUAAUGGAUUCUCUCUGGUCUACGUCCUCCUGCUACUGCUGCUGCCUCUACUGCCAGGACCACCCACGUCCUCCCCCACAGGUAACGCGUGUCCCUGUGUGAAGGCCGUGUGCGUCUCCAGCUUCCUCUUCCUGUUGCUUCAGUCUUUCUUCCAGCUGAAGUCCACCACGCUGCAGCCAGACAACAACUGUACGUCGUGGCACAAAACUCUGGCUCAGCUCGGCCUGGUCAGGUAA